AGCUGCUUUAGAGAAGCGUUCUCAGAUAACUGAAGCGCCGAUCGUCGUUUCGGUUCUAGUAGGGUAUUGGAAAAAUCGUCUCACUCUCUGGUGGGAUUCAGGUUAAGUUCCGAUCCCCUUUUCUCGUUCGUUUCCUUCAAAUUCUCAUCAACUUCUGUGCCUUUCUCGGGCUGCGUUUCUUCGAUCCGAGAAGGUCGGGAGUUCCUGCUACCAGUUGUGGAGGAGAAGGUUGUAGUGAGUUGAAAGCGAAUUGGGGAAGAAUUUCAACCGAUCUGAUCCGGAGAAACGCGAGAUUUCCGUUUCAAGGAAAAAGAAAGCACGACUUUUGACUUUUCUUCCGUAAAAAGGAGGUCUUUCUUUUUAGAAGAAAAGCUUCUGCUCCUCUUCCAAUCUCUCUGUAUUCUCCCUUUCUCUGGGAGAGAUGGGAGCAGCGACCUGCUUGCAAUGGUCUCAAACCGUCGUUCCUCAUUCUCUACCUGCUUCUCAGACAUUCGCUUCUGCAAUCUCAUCUCCGUCUUCUUCAAAGAGAAGAAGAGGCGGCGAUCGUUCUCUCAUCUGUCGAUUCGUUCGGCAACAAUCUGAUCGGUCGGCUCUGUUCGGCACGAAGCUUGUAAGAUCUCGAUCGUGCGAGAAGCUGAAAUCCAGUAAACAAACCCUCAGAAGAGCAUGCAGCGCUACUUUAGAGAGCUUCUCAGACGAGGAAUUCGCGAAGAAGCUUCAAGAACUGGCUCUGAGAUUUCAUCUCUCCGACGAAGAAAACAACACCGAUUCAGAUUCCGACGAAUUACUGCGGGAUGGGACAAGCGAGAGCUGCGGAGAAAUCUCUUACUUGGACGGGAAGUUGGAUUUCUCAAAUCUGCAGAACGCGAGGCGUUUCGAGUUAACGGAACCGCCUUGGGCCACGAUCAGGCCGGAGCCACCGGACUGGACGGAUGAGAUCAUCCCGGCGAGCAUCGAGCGGAAGGCGAACAGCGUCGAGCUGCCUCUGUCCCUACGGAUCUUGAAGCGGAAGAAGCAAUGGCAGGAAGGGUUUGUGGAAGCAGGAGAAUCUGCUUACUGCUCUGUGAAGAAGGCCUUCUCUUCCAUGGUUUUCAUAAUCCGAGAGCUACAGAGCUUCACGCUCCAGAUGCGGGAGGUCCUCUUCUACGAAGACCUGCAAGGGAUUCUUGUGAGAGUACAGAAGGAGAUGCACGCCUCGUUCGUCUGGCUCUUCCAGCAGAUCUUCUCCCGCACACCGACGCUGAUGGUGUAUGUCAUGAUCCUGCUUGCGAAUUUCACCGUAUAUUCCAUGGGCAACACGGCAGCCAUCGCGGCCGCACCACCGCCGGGAUCUUACGAAAUGGCGGAGACCGUCGCCGAGGUGGAAAAUCAGAGGCAAUCAAGGUUCGAUCCUCUGUCGGUGAAAUCGUUCUCCAUUUCUGGCAAGACGGCGUCAGUUGGCGGGAGCGGGGACGGCGGCGGUAAGGUGCGACCGGUGGCGGGGGCGACAGAUGGAGGCGAUGGACGGUUCGAGGAAUUGGGAGCUUCUUUGAAUCAGCACCGUUCGAUUCUUCCUGAUGAGAUGGCCUCGACGAUUGGGAGGAAUCCGACGGUGGAAGAUGGGGUUCCGGGAGCGGAAAAAGAGAGGGAGGUGAAGCUGUGGAAUACAGUGGUGGAGGAAGCUUCUAGGAUGCAGGCUGGGUUGAGGGACGAGUCGUUGGAUCACGAGACGAUGCAACGGUUCGUGUCGCCCGUCACGGUGGAGAUCGAGCCGGAGGAUUAUUACGCGGAGCAUUUUCGGACGGAGCUGAUGUAUCAGCAGGCCGUAUCGGAAGAGCCCGAGAACCCUCUCCUUCUAUCCAACUACGCGCAGUUCCUCUUCCUCGUCGUCCACGACCAUGACAGAGCCGAAGAGUACUUCAAACGCGCCGCCCAAAUCCAACCGCCCGACGCGGAGUCACUGAGUCGGUACGCGAGUUUUCUAUGGCUGGCACGGAAAGACAUCACAGCCGCGGAGGACACCUACUUGGAAGCCAUCGCAGCUGAUCCCAGCAACACAUUCCACGCCGCGAACUACGCACACUUCCUGUGGAGCACCGGAGGCGAAGAUACGUGUUUCCCUCUUGACAACAGUGAUGAGGCCUAAACACGUGGGGGCUCACCUCUCCCAAACUGCAAUAUAAUUACCAUCUCGUAGUCUAAUCUAAUAAUGAUAAUAAUGAGAAAAAGAAAAGAAAAGAAAAGAAAAAAAAAAAGUAAAAGAAAUGGUUAAUGAAAGGACGUUGAUGGAACUAGAAAGAAAGGCAGGGGAUUUUUUUUUUUUUCUUUAAAGAUUUUGUUAAUUGUUUUGUUUAGCUGUUACUGUGAGGUGAUCUCGGCAUUUGCGGUCGAGGGAUUCCAGUAUCUCCACAGUCGUUCGCAUCUCCCCCGUUUUUCUUUUUGUACUUCCUGUAUAUUGGGCUCGUCUUUUUAAGCCUUUUCCUCUAAAAUCGCAAUUCAAAACUUUCAUAAUGACAUAUCUCGUUCUCAAGAGAUUUUCAGA